AUGGCGUCUCCGUCGACUUUCCUGCUUUCGUUCUCCGGUUCUUUCUAUGCCAAGCCCCGCCUACUUUCUUCUUCGUCUUCGCUUCCUGUAGCCUAUCCCCUUCGCAACAACCCUAACAAAGUAAAGCUGUGUAGGAAAGCUGAGAAGCGAGUGAUUUGCAGAGCGGAGUUUUCACAGGACGCGCCACUCGCGACCGCCAUCGGCGCUUGCAUCCUGAGUUCGUUUGUUUUUCCGGUGGCGAAGCGAGUCGACGACGACGAUGAGGAGGAUUCUGCGAUUGUUUCUACUGAUAUGAGAUUAGCCGCCAUGGGAAUCAUUAGCUUCAUCCCUUACUUCAAUUGGCUGAGUUGGGUCUUCGCUUGGCUUGACACUGGAAAGUCGCGUUAUGCUGUUUAUGCUCUUGUUUAUCUUCUUCCCUAUUUCAGCUCGAAUCUUUCGAUUUCCCCGGAAGAUAGCUGGUUACCCCUUACAAGCAUAGUUUUGGGCAUCAUUCAUGUUCAGCUUGAAGCAAGCAUUGCAAAUGGUGACAUUCAGACGCUUCGGUUCUUCAGAGACACAUCUGAAGACUUUUCAUCAAAGAAAAGAAUCCAUUUUGACAAACAUCAUGGCUACUCCAAGAAGGAGAAAGACAGUGACGAUCAAAUUUAA